AUGUCCUUUCGCGUAACGCCAGAAGAUAGAGUUACUCAGACAAAGGUAUUUGAAGUAACAGGUGUAGACUAUGCAGGUUCUCUUUAUCUUAAGUUGAAAGGAAAGACCUGGAUUGUUUUAUUUACUUGUGCUGUCUACAGAGCAGUGCAUUUUGAAUUAGUCCGAUCACUCACUACUGAUACUUUUAUUCAAGCCUUAAGACGGUUCAUUGCAAGAAGAGGCAGGAUUUCAGUACUUUACAGUGACAACGGUACUAAUUUCGUAGGGAGAAAUAAUGCGUUGCGAGCAUUAGAUUGGGAUAAAAUUUCUGAGUACUCAACUGCUCAGAAAAUCACUUGGAAAUUUAUCCCACCCACAGCAGCCUGGUGGGGUGGAUGGUGGGAGCGUAUUGUGAGAAUGCUCAAAGAGCUUUUACGUCGAGUGUUAGGAAAAUCUAUUGUAAAUUAUGAAGAGUUCCUAACCCUCUUAUGUGACUGUGAGUCAAUAAUCAAUGUUAGACCGUUGACAUACAUACAAGAUGAUCCAAAUGAAUUGCUACCUUUGACCCCAGCCAUGUUUAUUCACGGAAACAGCAACUAUGAAACGCCAGAUUUCGAUAAAGUAGAUCUAUCUUCGCUUUAUCCAUUGGAAGUGUCAGCAAAAACUGAAAUUGGUGUUUUGAAGAUCAUAGAAAAUAGCGACUUAUCUGUUGAGAAGACUCCUGAUUUACCUACUGACCAUGUUCCUGAUUCACCUGCUGAUCAUGUUCCCAAUUCUCCUGUUGAAAGGACUGAUAUUUCUGAGGAGAUACACCAUACCAAAACCAGAUUAGGAAGGACCAUAAAAGUUCCUCGUAAAUUGGAUUUGUGA